AUGUUGUUCACUUCGUUCUACACAACUUCCUUGCUCUUUCUGGCCGCCCACUACUCGCUGGCGAGUCCUCUCACUACCAAAGAUGAGGCCCUUGAAGCCCUGAGUGGACAGGAGGAAGUUCUUAUUGCUGGAGAGCCAGAUCUUGCGUUAUCUGAGAAACGAGAUCUCGAAGAUGGGGAUCAGGUCGUUCAGCUUGUAGCUAGGCAGAGUAGCUUGGAUCAAUCUGAGGCUUUGCGUAUGCACAACGCCGUCCGGGCCAGAAGAGGCGUCCGGGCGCUUGUCUGGGACUCUACCCUCGAAGCAAGCGCUCUGGCAUGGGCCCAGGAGCUUGCUAGAGAUCGCAAAUCAUCGCGUCCUAUUUUGAAUCCUAUUACAGCUGGAACCGGACUCUGGCUGGCCGAAGAACAAUAUUAUAAUAACGAGCCUAUUCCUCAAGGAAAUUUUGGAGCCUACGGACAUUAUACACAAUGCGUGUGGAACACCACAACUAGAGUUGGAAUUGCCACUGCUACAUCGGGAAACAAUGAGUGGUACACGGUUGCUCGAUACUCUCCCUCUGGAAAUAUCUAUGGGCGUCGGCCUUACUAA